AUGGGUGAAGAGGUGUGGGUUUUUGGGAAAAAUGGGAGAGUGAGGAAGAAAUUGAAGGAUUUUGAGAAGAUGAAGUCUUGGAAAAAGGGUUCCGAUUGUUGCUCGUGGGAUGGGGUCGAUUGUGACAAGAAGACGGGUCAACUCAACCUCGCUUACAAUGACUUUGCAUUGUCUCUCAUCCCACCUGAAUUCACUUGGUUCACCGAAUUGACACACCUCAAUCUCUCUGACAGUGUUUUUUCGGCCGAAGUCUCAGCAGGAGUUUCCUCCCUAAACAAACUCAUGUUGCAUGAUCUCUCAGAAAAUUUUGGUUUGGGAUUGGAAGAAGGCGUAUUCUACUUGCUCAUUCAAAAUUUAUCCAAGUUAAGAGAUCUUGAUCUUGGGUUAGUAGAGGUGUCUUCUUCGGUGGUUUCAAAUUCCUUGCUCAAUUUGACUUCUUUAAGAACCCUCCAUCUUCGCUACUCUAGAUUACAUGGAAAAUUCCCUAGCGAAAUCUUUCGUUUACCUUAUCUACAGGAGUUGGAUAUAGGGCACAAUGAUGCUCUCACUGGUUAUAUUCCCGAUUUCAUGAAUUUGAGCUAUCCUCUCCAUCGCUUGGUUCUCUCUCGCACAGGUUUUUCUGGAGAAUUGCCCCGACUCGGUUGCUAA